GAUUCUUCCGGAUCCGAUACUGAUGAUCCUGACAAGGAAAAGAUAGAUUCUGUUGUUUUUAUGCCGAAAAAAGAAGUUCCCAAUGGUGGAGAGCCGGGCAGUAGUGGACAAAGUAAAAAACGUCCAGCUGAAUCAGAUCCUUCAGGACCAGAAGCGUCAAACGAUGCAAAGAGGCCAAAAGUCGAAACACCCCACGCACCUGAGGGCUUAAACGAGGAGACGGUGAGAAAGUAUCUGCGUCGUAAACCUCAUACUACCAAGGAGCUGUUAGCCAAGAUCAAACAGAAAUGCGGUGACAUGACAAAGGCGGAGAUUGUUACAAAGCUGGCUGCUAUACUCAAGGCUAUCGAGCCGCAUCAGUUCAAGCAGAAACAAGGCAAAAAAGAUGUGCUAUUCUUUUCACUCACUAAUACUCUGGCUUGA